GAGGGAGGAGAGAGAGGGAGGGAGGGGGUGCUGCCGCCGCCGACGGGGGCUAACAAAGGGCGAGGAGAGCGCUGGGGCUGGGACAGCGCGGGGCGGGAGGGAGGGCAGCCGGCGGCGGCCACACCACCAUGCCGCGGGUUGUCCCCGACCAGCGGAGCAAGUUCGAGAACGAGGAGUUCUUCAGGAAGCUGAGCCGCGAGUGCGAGAUUAAAUACACCGGCUUCAGGGACCGGCCCCACGAGGAGAGGCAGGCCCGCUUCCAGAACGCCUGUCGCGACGGCCGCUCCGAGAUCGCUUUUGUGGCCACAGGAACCAAUCUGUCUCUCCAGUUUUUUCCGGCCAGCUGGCAGGGCGAGCAGCGACAGACACCGACCCGGGAAUAUGUCGACUUUGAAAGAGAAGGAGGCAAGGUGUACUUGAAGGCACCUAUGAUUCUCAAUGGUGUCUGUGUAAUCUGGAAAGGCUGGAUAGAUCUACAGAGACUGGAUGGUAUGGGCUGCCUGGAAUUUGAUGAAGAGAGAGCACAGCAGGAGGAUGCUUUGGCACAACAAGCCUUUGAAGAAGCUCGGCGCAGAACUCGUGAGUUCGAGGACAGAGACAGGUCUCAUCGGGAGGAAAUGGAGGUGAGGGUUUCACAGCUGCUGUCAGUAACUGGCAAGAAGACAGCAAGACCCUAGUCCUGGAUCUAACCUAGGGAGUGGUGAUGAUCUCAAACUACGUUAAUCAAGAGCAGCAGCCAUACCAGGGGUCUGCACAUCUGCAUUGCUUCUACUUGGCAAAGGAUUUAAUAGAAGACCAGAAACUGUGAUAACUGGGUAUAAUAUGGUCUGUUUCCUGACCUGGGGCAGUCAAAAUCACCAUGAACUGCCAUGGUUUGCACUAUGUUUAUGUUACAAUACCUGCAUUUCCCAUUUUAAGCAUGUAGCCAGUGGCAAUUGGAAAUUUUGUUUUACUAUGCAAACUUGUUUUUGUUGGCACUAUUUUAGUGAAAUGGAAACUUAAUGCAGCUAUAAAACCAUUUUCUCAACUGUAAUAAAAAUUGUCACUCAAAAAUA